AUGCAAAGCUUCUUUAUUCUUUCAUGUUGUCUUUCUCACACUUCUCUUAAAGUUUGCAACGUACUUUCAGAGAACAAGGAAGAGAUCUCUGGGACUUCAACUGAAACACCUAGCGUUCUUGCACCUCUGAUUGUGGUGAUUGGAGCUACAAUGGCCAAAGAAGGUGUGGAAGAUUGGAGGCGAAGACGGCAGGAUAUAGAGGCAAACAAUCGAAAGGUUGAAGUUUAUAGAAAUAGUUGGUUUUUCAGAGAAACCAAAUGGAAGAAUCUCCGUGUUGGUGACCUUGUUAAGGUGUAUGAGGAUGAAUAUUUUCCAGCUGAUCUACUCCUACUUUCUUCAAGCUCUGAAGAUGGUAUUUGUUAUGUUGAGACAAUGAACCUUGAUGGAGAGACUAAUUUAAAGUUGAAGCAUGCCCUAGGGGUAACAUCCUCCCUGCGUGAUGAAGAGACCCUUCAGGAAUUCAGAGCGGUGAUCAAGUGUGAGGACCCAAAUGAACAUCUUUUCUCUUUCAUUGGAACAUUGUACUAUAAAGGUCAACAAUACCCACUUUCCCCACAGCAGAUCCUUUUGAGAGAUUCUAAACUGAAAAAUACUGAAAAUAUCUAUGGUGUGGUUAUUUUCACUGGACAUGACACAAAAGUAAUGCAGAAUGCUACAUACCCUCCUUCCAAGAGGACUAAGAUUGAGAGGAGGAUGGAUAAGAUAAUUUAUGUCCUUUUCAGUACUCUGAUUUUGGUAUCAUUCAUAGGGUCUUUGUUUUUUGGAAUUGAAACUAAUAAAGAUAUUAGUGGUGGCAAUUAUAGAAGGUGGUAUCUCCGACCAGAUAGCACAACUGUAUUCUUUGACCCCAGAAGAGCAUCAGUGGCUGCAUUUUUUCAUUUCUUGACAGGCCUUAUGUUGUAUGGAUAUUUGAUACCAAUAUCAUUGUAUAUUUCUAUUGAGAUUUGCAAGGUUUUACAAAGCAUUUUCAUUAACCAAGAUCAGGCAAUGUAUGAUAAGGAAACACAUAGGCCAGCAAAUGCGCGGACAUCUAAUUUGAAUGAGGAACUUGGUCAGGUCCGUACUAUACUCUCUGACAAAACAGGAACUUUGACAUGUAACUCAAUGGAGUUUUUGAAAUGCUCAAUAGCUGGCACUGCCUAUGGUCGUGGCAUGACAGACGUAGAAAUUGCUCUGGCAAGGAAAGGAGAUGAGAGAUCGACUGAACCAAUGCCUGUUGAUACUGUGAAAUCAGCAAAAUCUGUCAAGGGUUUCAACUUCAGAGAUGAACGCAUUAUGGAUGGGCAAUGGGUAAAUGAACCUCUUCAUGAUGUAAUACAGAAGUUCUUUUGGGUCUUAGCAACUUGCCAUACGGUAGUUCCUGGAGAAACAAAAUCUGGUGACAUUAUUUAUGAAGCUGAGUCACCUGAUGAAGCUGCCUUUGUCAUUGCUGCACGAGAAGUUGGUUUUCAGUUUUUCGCAAGGAAUCAAACCAGCAUAAAAUUGCAUGAAAUAGAUCCUGGGAAUAGGGAAAAGGUUGACAGAGUAUACAAGCUUCUUCAUGUGUUGGAGUUCAGUAGUGCUCGCAAAAGGAUGUCUGUAAUUGUAAGGAACCCAGAGAACCAAUUACUUCUCCUUGUUAAGGGUGCAGACAGUGUGAUAUUUGAAAGGCUUUCAAAAGAUGGGAGGGAGUUUGAGGCACAGACCAAGGAGCAUAUUGACAGAUAUUCUGAAGCAGGAUUACGAACCAUGGCAGUCGCAUAUCGUGAGCUUGGUGAUGAUGAGUAUGCUAUUUGGGAACAAGAGUUUAUGAAGGCCAAAACUUCUGUAACUGCUGAUCGAGAUGAUUUGGUGGAUGAGAUGGCUGACAGGAUUGAAAGGAAUUUAAGUCUUCUGGGUGCUACAGCUGUUGAAGACAAACUACAAAAGGGGGUCCCAGCUUGUAUUGACAGGCUUGCACGUGCUAGAAUUGGAAUAUGGGUCUUGACAGGGGACAAAAGGGGAACUGCUAUUAAUAUUGGGUAUGCGUGCAAUCUACUAAGACGUGGAAUGAAAGAGAUUGUGAUCACGCUAGAGUUACAAGAAAUUGAAGCCUUGGAAAAGAGUGGGGAUAGGGAGGCCAUUGCAGAGGCUUCUCUUAAAAGUGUAAAAGAGCAAAUAGAUGAGAGAAAAUCUCAAGUAACUGAAGAACAUUCAACUAAGUUUGGUUUGAUAAUUGAUGGCAAGUCCUUGACUUUUGCUCUGGACAAGGAUCUGGUAAACUGCUUUAUGGAUCUUGCAAUGCGAUGUGCUACUGUUAUAUGCUGUCGCUCUUCGCCCAAACAAAAGGCUAUUGUUACAAGACUGGUGAAAUCCAUAACAGGCAAAACAACACUAGCAAUUGGUGAUGGGGCAAAUGAUGUUGGCAUGCUUCAUGAGGCUGAUAUUGGAGUUGGCAUCAGUGGCGUUGAGGGGAUGCAGGCUGUGAUGGCAAGUGAUUUUUCAAUAGCUCAAUUUCGUUUUCUAGAACAUUUAUUAUUGGUGCAUGGCCAUUGGUGUUACAGGCGAAUAGCAAUGAUGAUAUGCUACUUUUUCUACAAGAAUAUCACUUUUGGAUUUACUCUGUUUUGGUUUGAAGCCUAUGCUUCAUUUUCUGGUCAGCCUGCUUAUAAUGAUUGGUACAUGUCAUGCUACAAUGUCUUCUUCACUUCGCUUCCAGUAAUUGCUCUUGGUGUUUUUGAUCAGGACUUUUCAGCCGAAUUUUGCCUCAAGAAUCCUUUAUUAUACCAAGAGGGUGCCCAGAAUGUCCUCUUCAGCUGGGUCUCCAUACUUGGCUGGAUGUUUAAUGGAGUUCUUAGUUCCAUAAUCAUAUUCUUCUUAACCACUAAAUCGAUAACCGGUCAAGCAUUCCGCAAAGAUGGUCAAGUUGGUGAUUAUGCAGUUCUUGGGCUGACAAUGUAUACAUGUGUCGUGUGGACAGUAAAUUCCCAAAUGGCACUCUCCAUCAAUUACUUCACAUUGAUCCAGCACCUUUUCAUCUGGGGAAGCAUUGCACUUUGGUAUAUUUUCUUGGUGGUUUAUGGUUCCAUCCCGCCUACAUUUUCUACAACAGCAUACAAGGUUUUUGUGGAGGCUUGUGCUCCAAGCAUUCUAUAUUGGCUCACCACCCUUCUUGUUGUCAUUGCCACACUACUACCUGUAUUUUCCUAUAAGGCUCUUCAGAUUCAAUUUCAACCUAUGAAACAUGAUCAAAUACAAAGACGAAGGUCGGAAGGCUUGGAACUUGAAAGCAUGGAUACCGGGAAUUCUAGUGACUUGCCUUCAAAGAUAGGAUCAGAACAGAUAAUCUAAAGGUAAGUUGAAGAAGAAAGAACUCAUGCGAGUAGUACAGGGCCUCGAUAUGAUUAGAGUUCUUUUUCUCUACAUGUCACAGUUGCAGUUCAAGUAUAGGUGGAGA